UUAUUUACAAUCAACACGGCGACAAGGCACUCUUUGCCGUCAGUCACUUCGUGUGAUUUCGCUGGUUAAGGUUGUGCAAUUCAAGGAUCUGUGAAAAGAUAAUCAACCUUUUCCUCAUUGUACCGAGCCUUUGAUAAGGACGCAUCAGGAACUUGAGAAAUUUACUUCGUCCAAGCCAAGUUUUGUCCAACGAGCUCAGCGUCUGUGCACUGAUAAUGAAAUUCUUAAUUGCUGCAAUGGCAUUGGCGUGCGUUCUAAACGUUGUCAUAAACGCCCGCCUUUUCGGUCAACGACAGGAGGAGGCAGAAAUCGAUUUCAAAGGCGAAAUUGACCACGAGGAGGACGAAAGUUUGGCCGAAAAUAAAGAGCUCGACAGAGCUCUUCAAGAGAUUCUCUAUCAGGACGAAGACCAGGAUCUUUCGGCUCGUGCUGCUAUAGCCAACGGAAACGCUACCAUGCAGUGCCGUACAAUCUUACCAAAUGCCAUAUCAGUUAUCGGCUAUUCGAAUUACAAACAUCCCUGCGUGGCCUUCUGCAAGUAUCGGUACCUGGCCGUGGCGCACGGACGGGUUAAGAGCCUCUACGAUGCUACAUACAUCGCAAUGAAUGCCGUUGCAAGUUGCGGUGGCACAAACAACGAAUACGUGUGUGUCGGCAGUAGGUGUGUCCUUCCAUCAACCAAUGACGCCGAUAAUACUACCUGUCAAGCCCUUAUUCCGAACCCUACGGUUGAAACUCGGGCCUUUAUUGUCAAGCCCUGUCAGAUUCUGUGUGCUGACAUCGGCGCAUACGACGUUCCCAACAAAAGUCAAUUUCAGUAUGCUUAUCAGCCGGACGGAACUACUUGUUUUUAUGAUGGCCAGCAGGCAACUUGCCAGAAGGGGCAUUGCUCGCUACAGAACACGAGCACAUGAAUCGCUGGGCAAUAAGCUAUAUAAUUAUUAGACCGACACGCAGAGUCGAUUGUAUAGACAAACGGUGUUUUUCUUUGAAUUCGAGGAGAUAAGCGUCGCUUCUCCGACUUCCUUGGAAUAAAAUAUGGUUAGAUAACACAAAAAAAAAACUUGGACAUACCAGCGGCACACGAUAUGCGGCACAUAUCAACUGCUACAACGACUUUUUCAGCUAAGAAAUACACGGACGUAUAUUUAUUAGGAGGAGUUUAAUGAACGCUCCGUUUCAUUUCACUUCAUACGUACACUUCGUUUUGUGAAUUGUUUUUCUUCUAUUUGAAUGGAAAAGGCACAACGAAGUCCCACGAUGUCUAUUAUAACAAAGCGAAGUCAAUGAUCGCAUUUAACAUUGACUUGUCAAAAACGUCUUAACCAUUUUCCAGCCGAACUACCCGACGCAAAUACUUUUAUACGUUAAAAUAGUAAUAACAAUAUUAUUAUUAUUAUUAUUAUUAUUACUGAACUAGGUAUUUUAAUUGAUGAUCUGUUAUCUUUCCGGUAGCACCAUAUUUCGAUCACUACGGUUUCUGGUGGAAAAAUUAAGACAAAUGAUUUUUGCAUCUCUCCAUUUACACUGAAUUACGGCAGGUCUGCAGAGACCGAAACAGAUGAUGGUCCGAUGGUGCAAGGUCCGGGCUGUACGACGGAUGUAUUGAAAUUAGCCAUCCAAGCUUUUUUCAUUUUUGCCCCGUUGCUCAUAAGGUAUGUCGUCUGCCACUGUCACACGACGCUAUUUCUUUUUGUUAAUUCCGGUCGAUUUUUUCGAUGGCAACGGUUCGAUUACGUUAAUAUUGCUAGAGAACUUCGCAGAUAGAAAUACAGUUGAGUACUUAUCUUCCUUCAGUUCACAUAUCGCCUCCUUUUUGUGGCUAGCCUACUUCAAAUGAUUUGAAACUGUCCUUAGCGAUAUCGUGCCUAAUUUUCAUACUACCUCUAUAAACCUUUUUUUCGUGACCGGUUAACUAAGUGAUGCAUCUUUUACAUUAAAACGAAAACGACAGACGUAUUUCUGUGCGGUUUCUCUUCGUAUAUUUCGAAUAACGUACCAUAUAACUAUAAGCCGCAUGGACCUUUCUUUGUGCGUCUAGGCCGUAUCUUCACCAUAAUAAGACGGCGAUGCGACCUCAAACUACCUGAAUUAUAUAAUUUUGAAUUUAUUUAUUAGCUAAAGGUAAUAAACUAUGUUGUGAUGUCAAUCAACGACUU